UACAACAUGAUUCGUGUUGGUGCAAGACAAAUGCAACUUCAGACUUUGCCUUAUUGGGACUGGACUCAUUGGUUUGAUGACAACUGUAUUGUUAACAAUCCUUUUUAUCAGGAAGAACGUUUGUCAAAAUCCGAUUGCGAAGGGUGUGCUGAUAUUGAUGAGAUAGAAAGAGAGGAAGAGUUGACCCAUGAUGAUAUGGCGCAAACUUUCUUACUUGCAUACAUACCAUUAAUUAUAACAGACGCUAUCCAGGACUGGAAAGCGUACAAGAUUUUCGACACGGAGUAUGUCACGAAAUUGUUUCUUGAAGAUCCAGUUCUGAGUGCCGGCACUAUUUGUUCAUUCUAUAAUGAGAACGUUAAACAUAAGUAUGUGAAAGAUGUCUUGCGAUCAAUUGAUAAUGGUACAACAACACAAUGGAACAUGCAUUGGCAGAAUUGUAUGGACACGGCGAGGAAAACAUUUCGAAGGUUCUACAGUAGACCUUAUUGUAUUCCCCCUAUGGUUGAAAUGAUGAAUUCAAAUUGGUUAUUCAUGUCUUCUGGAGUAAACAAACAACAACUAUCUAAACUACCUUAUGUGCGGUCUCUUGACACUGGUGUAUCUAUGACAUGGUUUGCACAACUGAAAGGUAGUUAUGAGAUCAAAUUAAAACCCCAUGAAAUAUGUGAAGAGGAUUGUGAAGUUAUGACAGCUAUUCUACAACCCGGAGAAUUACUGGUGUUCAGCAAUAUCAUGUGGAAAUUUGAAUUCCGUGUGGCCAGCGAGAAAGAUGUCAUCGCCAUUGCAGCCAAUGGUAACUGGGACUAAGACAUAAUUAUCAUUUCUUAAUUAUUAUAGUAGUUUUAAUUACCAGUAUAUAGCAUCUUGUAUUAUUUCUGUAAUGAGUUUGAUUUUUGCAAUAGGUGUAUUUUGGCAAAACUAGAAAAUUGUCGAAUUAAAUUUCACCUGGCUUUUAUAUGCAAGGAGGUGCAGUGGACUUCUGUCAUGUCACCAAAUUUUGAAAAAUACUCUGUGAUGAGUAGGUUACAUUAAAUGAUAAUUAAUAUGUAAUAUUGUAAAAUGACUAAUUUUCACUGGGUUUAAAUUUCACUGAUUUACCAUUUCAGGCAUAUUCAGUGGGUUUUAAAUUCACGGUUUCAUCAUUUAGAUAAUGUGUUUUAUGCUAAAUUUUACAUAUUCACUGGGUUUUGAUUUAGCGCAUUUUCCCAGUCAGCGAAAUAAGCUAAAUUAAAACCCAGUGAAUAAUUACCCCCUUUACAGUACAUUCUCCAGGCAUCAACUGAGUGCAUCUAUCUAAUCAGUGUCAGCCACAGUUGAAUUUAAAUAUUCUUGUGUUCAAAGUUGAGUUCUCAUUACAAACAACAUACAGAAUUGUACAUCUUUCAUGCUAAUAAAAACACAGAUUAUGAUC